CUGCCCAGUGUUACAAGACUCCACUUCGGGACAGAAUAUAUUCCAAUCACUCUGUCCUGUUGGAGAGGGAUUUCAACUGACGAGCGGCGAACACAAUUGAGUGAAGCUCCUGUUACUAUUCAUCCUAAACGUUUGGAUUACCUGCGGGAACCGCAAAGGUUGCGGCCCCUCGGAAUUUAGAGCGAAGUCACUUCUGCUCUUAAAUCAGUCAGGGCGGAAAGAAAAAAAAAAGGAGCACCUAGCAAACACUGAGGGGGCGGAGGUGACUUUAUUUUUAAGUCCUCGGGGCUACCUGCUGUAGCCAGAUUUGACUCGCACCAGGACUUGCUGUUCAAAACGAAGCUGGGAAAAAGGGACGGAAUGCUAUUUUAGAUACAUCGGUUUGGGUUAUGAAUGGGCUUUGCAACCGAGGAAGGGAGACCUCAGGGAGCCUAACGAUUUGCCCAGACUUAGUGCUAGAGCUGUGUGUGAGUCUUAUCAAUCGCGCCAGAACUCCUUCUGGCAAAAGAGGAGCAGCCUGAGUUCUCUCCGCUGGAACCACUUUAACAAAAAGAUAUCCCCACAACUCUGUCCUCCACUCUUGCUCCCCAAACCUACAAACUUGGGAGAAACCUCCAGCCUCCACCCCUUCCCAGAGGAUGGAGGAUCAGUGUAAAGAGUGACCAGCUUCCGCCCUUUUUAAGCCUAGGAGAUUGACCAUCCCCUGGUCUAAGCCAAAGUGAGCUUUUUUUUUUCCCUCCCCUUCCUCUCGGACACCCCCCCGCCCUUCUCGUCUCCAUUCCCUCCUCCCCACGGGCGAGGGAGGAGGAGAGGAGGGGGUGUCCCGGUCGUCAUGACUGAGCUGAAGGCAAAUGAUCUCCGGACUCCCCACGUGGCGGAUGGUGUACCUUCCCCGUCCCAGCUUGAAAUCCCACUUUUGGAUCACCCAGACCCAGACCCUUUCCAACCGGUUCAGAACUCGGAAACCUCGCCGGUGGUCCCCAUAUCUUUGGACGGAUUGCUCUUCCCCAGAAGCAGGGACGAAGAGGAGCUGCCGGACGGGAAGGGGGAAGGCGAGCAAGAACUACCAGAGGUAGACAGCGCGUAUCCCGCAGUAGCUGCGGGAUCAGGUAGAGGAGGCGGAGGAGGAAGAAGUGGCAGCGCCAGACCCCCAGAUAAGGACAGCGGGCUGCUGGACAGUGUCCUGGACACGCUGCUGGCGCCCCCGGGGCCGGGACACAGUCACGCCAGCCCCCCCGCCUGUGUCGCCACCCCCUGGUGCCUCUUUGGCACCGAGCUCCCUGAAGACCCUGGGGCCGCCCUCUCAUCCCAGGGGGCGCUGCCGCCGCUCAUGAACCGGCUGCCCAGCAAGGACGGAGAAGUUUCAGGUACUGCAGCCUCUCAUAAGGUCCCGCCCGGGGGGCCGCCCCUUAUUCGGCCGCUGCUGGUAGCCAGCCCCCAAUGGCCCGAGGUAGCCGCUAAGCCGGCGCUGCUGCCGCCGCGGGACGAGGAUGGGCCGGAGGACUGCGCCGGGCACCUCUCCAAGGGCAGGUCCAGGGCCUUGGCAGGUGGCGGCUGUGCGGCGGCCAUGGCUACAGCCCCGGCCCUGCCGCCCGUAGGAGACGAUCCUCCCGUGCCGAGGGAAGAUCUCCGCUUCUCGGCGCCCAGACCCAGCCACUCAGCCGAUCAGGAGCCUUCGACCGCGCCGGGGCGCUCCCCGCUGGCCACCUCGCUGAUGGACUUCAUCCACCUGCCCAUCCUGCCUAUCAACCCCGCCUUCCUGGCGGCCCGCACCCGACACUUGCUGGAAGUGGAGGGAUACGAGGACAGCGCUGGCGCCUUCGCUCAGCCUCGGGAUUCGCCCGCUUCCUCGUCUACCCCGGGAGCCGGAGGUGACUUUCCCGAUUGCGCCUUCCAGCCAGACGCAGAGCCCAAGGAAGACACAUACCCGCAGUAUGGAGAUUUCCAGCCGCCCACGCUGAAGAUCAAAGAGGAGGAAGAAGGUGGGGACGGUGUUGCUCGCUCUCCUCGGUCUUACAUGGUGCCUGGGUCCAAUCCGGCCUCUGGUCCAGAUUAUGCUCUAGGCCCGCAGCUGCCCCCACAGCCGCUACCGCCUCCGCCCCCACCGCGGGUGCCCACGUCCAGACCCGGCGACUUGUCUGCAAUCUCCGCCACAGCCCCUGUCAGCGCUUCCUCCGCGUCGUCUUCGUCGUCGUUGUCCUCCUCCUCCUCCACUUCAGCGACUGCCGCCGCGGCCGCGGCCGCCUCUCUCUCUACCCUCGAGUGCAUCCUCUACAAAGCCGAAACGGCGCCGCCUCAGUCGGGUCCCUUCGGGCCCCUUCAUUGCAAAGGGCCGAGUGGAGCCGGCUGCCUCCUGACGCGGGACAGCUUGCCCUCCACCUCAGCUUCGGCCACCUCCGGCCCGGCCUCAGCACUCUACCAGCCGCUUGGGCUAAAUGGGCUUCCGCAGCUGGGCUACCAAGCGGCGGUUCUGAAGGAGAGUCUGCCACAGGUCUACCCACCCUAUCUGAACUAUCUGAGGCCAGAUACAGAAGCCAACCAGAGUCCUCAAUAUGGUUUUGAAUCAUUACCUCAGAAGAUUUGUUUAAUCUGUGGGGAUGAAGCAUCUGGUUGCCACUAUGGAGUCCUCACCUGUGGAAGCUGUAAGGUCUUCUUUAAAAGGGCAAUGGAAGGACAGCAUAAUUAUUUAUGUGCUGGGAGAAAUGACUGCAUAGUUGAUAAAAUUCGCAGAAAAAAUUGUCCAGCAUGUCGUCUAAGAAAAUGCUGUCAGGCUGGCAUGGUCCUUGGAGGUCGAAAAUUUAAAAAGUUCAAUAAAGUCAGAGUUAUGAGAGCAUUAGAUGCUGUUGCUCUCCCACAGCCAGUGGGCCUUCCAAAUGAAAACCAAGCUCUAACACAGAGAAUCACCUUUUCACCAAAUCAAGAAAUACAGUUGAUUCACCCACUGAUCAACCUGUUAAUGAGCAUUGAGCCAGAUGUUAUCUAUGCAGGAUAUGACAACACAAAACCUGAAACAUCCAGUUCUUUGCUGAACAGUCUAAAUCAACUAGCUGAGAGACAACUACUUUCUGUAGUGAAGUGGUCUAAAUCACUGCCAGGUGAGGUCCUGCAGAUGUUCCAGGAUGGAGGUGCUAUUCCACGUAUUUCAUCAAACCCUGGAAAAUUGAAAUACCUCUUAUGAAGAGAUCCAUAAUCAUUUGAAAAAGGUUGACAACCAUCUACAGAGGGAAAACCAAGUGAAUGAAGAGUCUUAUGAUCCAGAAUAACAUAUUGAACAACCUGUAGUACCCUUAUGUAAAACAACUCUUGGACAGAUAUAGAUUUAUUUUUUAAUGACCUUGACUUGAAAGCAGUUUGAAUUGCAGUAUUUUAUGUAGAAAACUACACAAUAUUUUAACGACUCCAAGCUUCUCUCUGAAACUGAGGCCUGUCUUUUUGAAAUCAAUAUUUAGAAUACUUUAAUUCUCUUAAUGCUGCCAAAUAUAAUUUUUAGAACUAUUACAUUGAACUAAUGAUUUAUCAAAAUCAUAAUCCACUGAAGGUUUAACAUCUUUUUCAUAUGAUUUAGGAGAAUCUCUAUCAUCUUGUUCUUAAAAAGUUGAUUUAUUUUUAAAGAGAAGUAUAGGAUUUUACAUAUCUCUAUUAAACUAUACCUGACUGAUAAUAUCAGGCCAUUAACAGUGGCACUUGGGGUCUAGGAAUUCAACUUCCAUAGUACACCAAACUUUAUUGUCAUGUCCCUCCAUGCCUAUGUCUGUCCAUUUCAUCUUUUCCACUUUUUUUUUAAACCCUUACCUUCCAUCUUGGAGUCAAUACUGUAUAUUGGCUCCAAGGCAGAAGAGUGGUAAGGGCUAGGCAAUGGGGGUUAAGUGACUUGCCCAGGGUCACACAGCUAAAAGUGGCUGAGGCCAGAUUUGAACCUAGGACCUCCCAUCUCUAGGCCUGGCUCUCAAUCCACUGAGCUACUGAGCUGCCCCCUUCUUUUCCACUUUUGAAGCUUUCCAGUUACCACAGGAAAUUUUUCUUCUCUCUUUAUGUAUUUCUUCUCUCCAUUUCUUUUGUGAUCUAGUAACUUAUCCCAAGAAUAGUUGAUAGGCAUGAGUUGUGCUAGUGAUGUCAAAGAAAGAAAAAGGCAAAAGUUUUGCAGUGAAACAAGACAUAAUCACAAAAAUCAACUUCCAUAAUCUGGAAAUAUUCCUAAGAGCAUGUUUCUUUAUCAUUAUUGUCUUUAUUACCAAACAUAUCAACUUGUGAUUUUCCUUCUGCUUAAAAUAAUAUGCUGCUUAUAGUAUUCUCAACCUAUCUGUAAGGAUUAGGAUAAAAGAGGGAAAGAGAAUCAAUUUUCUUAUAGUAUUUGGUUACCAAUUCAUUCCUUAAAAUUGAUAUUGCCUGGGUAGACGUUAGGAAGAAAAAAUUGAAGAGGUGAGUCAAAAAAUAAUAUAUGUUUGAGCUAGAAUUCAGUAAGCUUUGAGCAAUGAAAUCUAUGUCUUCAACCUUCAAGAACAUAAAAACUUAACCUGAGCCUUUUCUCACUUUGGAGAAGUCUAUGGACUUUUUAAAUAAUAAAUUUCAUUUACAGUUUAGUGAAAAUAAAGAUGUAUUUUUUCCAUCAAAAGUGCAUGGACCCCAGAAUUCUAACUGGAGACUCCAAAAAAUCACUUAUUCUAGAACUAAUUCAUCUUCCUUUAAUUGAACCCCCCUUUUGUAAAGCAGGAAGAUAACAUUUAUUAUUCCAUUUUACUGCUUUGCUGAUUUGUUAGGAUAGUUUUCUGUUUUUCAUUAUAAAAUAUUUUGGGAGUUAAAUAGGAGUUAAAUAGACUUUUGUGAGAUGUCACAGGAAUGCCUAUUCACCAUUUAUAACAUUGGUUCUGUCAAAAUAUGUCCUGAAUUCCAACCAAUCUAUUAAUGAACUUGAAAUAAAAGUCCAUAAUAUGCUGAGAACUUUCUAUAAGCAGAUAGUUUUAUUUUAGUUAAUACUUUUCCAACAUAUUUCAUCAAGUCUGACAUGUUUUACAGAAACAUGAAGGCUUGUAUGUUGUUGUUUGGUCAUGUCUAAGUUUUUUUUUACCAAAUUUGGAGUUUUCUUGGCAAAGAUAUUGAAGCGGUUUGCAAUGCCUUCUCCAGCUCAUUUUGCAGAUAAUGAACCUGAAAGAAAAGGGGUUAAGUGACUUUCCCAGAGUUACACAGCUCAUAAGUAUUUUGAAUUUGAUUUUAAUGCAGAAAGAGUAAUCUUCCUAACUCUAGGCCUGGUGUCCUAUCCACUGUGCCACUUUGGCACAUAUAGUUUUAUCAAAAAUUACAAGUUAUUAUCACUUGUUGUUAAGUAUUAUUUAUUUCUAUGAGGGUUUUUUUUUUAAUUUGGAAUGGUUGAAUAUAUUAUGUAACAUGAAAAACAGAAUUUUUUUCUCCAAUUUCUGGGUUCCAUAUCUAUUUUCUUCACAGUCUUCUUUCUCAAAUAUGUGUGUGUAUGUGUGUGUGUGUGUGUGUGUGUGUGUGUGUAUUGUCCACACCUCUCUUCUUGAUUAUCACUUAAGUAAACAAGAUUCAAUUCUCAGUCUUUUCCCUAUACUUUAUCUCAUUUUCUGGGAUUAAAAUGAAACAACAGUAUAAUUUAAGGUAUACUUUCCAAUGCCUCUAUGAUAGUCUUUCUUUCAAAUAGAAAAUUUUGAAAACACUAUCCAAAAAAAAAAACUACCAUAGGUCCCUGCUCAAAGUUCCUUAAAAUUCUGGUGGAAAAAAGUGGAGUAUUCAAUGAAGCUGGUGGUAAUUACAGGGAAGCCUACUUGGAAUAGAAAUGGAAGUUUAACAUAUGUUUUUCUAAAGUCUUUCAGAAAUAUUUGUCCCAAUAUUUUAAUCAAAGAAAGCAAUUUUUUUGAUAACUGCCUUAUAUUACUGAAAAAUUUCCUUUUCCCUGAUAGUCUUUAAAAAUUUUCCCAAUACAUAUUUUGAUUUUUAUGCUUCUUUAUUUUGCUACUAUUUGAUUCAUGUAUGACAGUAUCAAGAGCCAAAAUUUUGACAAUGAUGACAAUAGUAAUAUGUAUUGUUAUCAUCAUUAUUAUUAUUACUUUAAAAUCUACUUCUGAGCUCAAUUAUUGUUUUAAUUUGUAACAAUUGAGCUUCAUAUGAGAUCCCUUUCACUUUUUCAAUAAUUGGUCAGGUACUCAUAUAUUGAGAUAUUCUAUUCACAUCCAGGGAAUUUCUUGGCAAAGAUCCUGGAGUUGUUUGCCACUUCUUUCUCCUUCUUUAUAUGACCCUUUGUCAGAACUUUCUACAAUGAUCUGUUCAAUUUGGGUAACCCUGCACAGCAUCAUUUAUAGUUUCAUUGAACUACACGUCUCUUGACCACAACAAGGCAGUGACUGGAAAAGUUUGGCAAGGCUCUCUGUGAUUUCCUUAUACUUAUUUAAUUUAUAUGCAGAAUUCAUAAUGAGAAAUGCCAGACUGGACAAAUCACCAGAAUUAAGGUUGCCAGGAGAAAUCUCAACAAUCUCAGACAUGCAGACAAUCAACUCUGAUUGCAGAAAGUGAAGAAGAGAAAGCGUCUUGAUAAGGUUGAAAGAGGAGAGUUAUCUUAAAGAUUGAUAUAAAAAAAAAAAAACUAAGAUCUUGGCAACUGAUCCCAUCGCUACUGGCAAAUUGAGGGAGAAGAAAUGGAAACAGUGCCUAUUUGAUAUUCUCAGACUCAAAGAUAUGCAUAUGGUCGCUGCAGUCAUGAAAUUAAAAGAUGUCUUUUUCCUUAGAAGAAAAACUAUAGAAAAUCUGAGCAAUAUACUAAAAAAAGAAGAGACAUCACCUUGCAGCCAAAAAUUCACAGUCAAAGCUAUGGCUUUUCUAGUAACGAUGUAGCAAUGUGAGAGUUGAACUACAAUGAAAACUGAGCACUACAGAGUCAAAGCUCAUGAACUUUGGUGCUUGAGAAGACUUUUUAGAGUCCUUUAGACAGCAAGCAGAUCAAUUCAGUCAAUACUAAAAGAAAUUAAUUCAGACUAUUCACUGGAAGGUCAAAUAUGGAAGAUAACAGGGUGUAUGGGGUGCUCAGGGAGGAGUAGUAUCUUUGGUAUGGAGGGCUUGUCGUGCCCUCCUAGGGCAGCUCUCCAGCCUCUGACACUCACCUGACACCCAGCUCUCACUUGUGGCUCCCAGUAGCUGCUAGCAUGUGGCAGUGGCCACACCCCGGGCAAAGGCUUCGACAGGCCAGCUAAACCUUGUGAGGGGAGCCAUCGGGUCAUCCACCCCUGGUGAACCAGGGCUUUGCUCACCCAGCAUGUGAAGACUGCUUCGGCCGAACAGACGGAAGAAACCAAUAAGAAGGUUCAACGGCUGAGAGGGCGACGCAGCAAAGCACUGUGGAGUGCUCAGGGCGUGUUGGAGCACAAAAGACAACACGGCCAUCCAAUGCAGCUGAGGAAGUCUUCAGGUGUAACGACUUUUCGUGCCACUGGACCCAGGCUUCCAAAGCCGAGAGAGUGGGACUGUCUCUGUGCAUCGACUUUUCCACUUAAAUCUUCAUGCACAAGUGUCUUUGUGCACAAAAACGCACAACGACAAUCAUCAUCCUCAGUUACUGAGAGACUACUACUACUACUAAUGGUUUCCCAGAAACAAUCCACUUAUAAAUGUAUAAUCCAGAUAACAUCUCUAUCUAAACUGUAUUUAGGCCACUGCGGAUUGUAUUCCAUAUUUUCCUAUAGGCAUCAUAUUAUCACUAGCAUAUAACCAAAGUAUUCCUGACACAAAGAGUACUAUAACCCCACUGUUUUCCCCAAAGUUAACAGCAGCCACAUUUCUUCACAGAAUUAACUUUUAAUGGCAUCAUGACAUUUGAUAUGCGUAAGACUGAAAGAUAGAAAUGAGAAGGAGGAAACCUAGCAGGUCACAAGUUGUCUUCAGAAUUGCGCCUUUUAAAAGUUUUUUCUAUAAUCUUUGAUAUUGGAUUCCUUGUAACAAUGCUCCCAUCAGAAAUUUACCAGGUCAAAUUACUUAUAUGGAAAAGUUUUUUUUCUCUACUCAUGGUUAAACAAUGAGUAGUCAUGAAUCACCUCUCUACAUGAAGUCUUUUAAUUUUCAACAUCAUGUGAAAUGUAUUGAGUUUACCUGAUCACUAUCUUCAAUGGGAUUUUGAUCUCAGUAGUCCCUUCUUUGUGCAGACAUAUAACAAUGUAUGAUAUUGCAGUAAAAAAAGUACUGCUAUAUUGAAAUGUUGAAAUCAAUUUAGCGCUGCCCCAUUUAUCACUAGUAAACACUGUAAAAGGUAAAGUAAUUAUAGUAGUAGUAGUAGUAGUAGUAAUUAUUCCAUGCAGUUAUAGAGCUAAAAUAACUGUUAAUGAUUUGAGAGUUUUAAACAUUUAAGAUACUGCAACAAAUUUUAACUUUCCUCUAUGUAAUAAAAUUACUCUAUUUUAAAUCUUACAAUAAAAAUGCACAAAUUUUUAAAAAUUCAUUAAAAGGUAGAAUGUGUACACUAAAGAAAAUGACUUGAUUGGGGGCAGCUGGGUAGCUCAGUGGAUUGAGAGCCAGGCCUAGAGAUGGGAGGUCCUAGGUUCAAAUCUGGAUUCAGACACUUCCUAGCUGUGUGACCCUGGGCAAGUCACUUGACCCCCAUUGCCUAGCCCUUACCACUCUUCUGCCUUGGAGCCAAUACACAGUAUUGACUCCAAGACGGAAGGUAAGAGUUUUAUAAAAAAAUAAAAAUUAAAAAAAAAAGAAAGUGACUUGACAAAAGUUGAAAAGUGUGAUGAUAUUUAGCUUCAGUAAUUGAAGGAUUUAAAAUUUUAACUGAUUACCAUUAAAAAGAUAUUCCUCAACACAAUAAAACAAAAACAUGAUAAAUACCAGAUAAAAUAUUUUAAAAUUAUGAAAUUGUAUCCCAUAGGAAGCACUUUAGGCCAUAUUAAAAAUGCUAAUGAUAGCUAGAAACAUUUAAAAAACUAAUAAAUUUGUAUCUGGAGAAAUCAUAAGACAUACUACCUUUAAUAAUCUUCCUAUUCAAAUCUCACUGUUAUAGUAUGAUAUAUAAACAACCAAUAAAGGAAGUUGCAUGGUAAAGUUUAGAGAAAAAAAAACAGUUUUUUGUGAAGAGAAACUUAGUUCAAAUCCUGACUUAAUUUCCUACUAAUUAUGUAAUAUUGGAAAUCACUUUAUCUCUAUAGGCAUUAGUUUUGUAAAGAUCCACUAUACACAAAUCCAAAAUUUCAAAACAAAUUAAUAGUUCAUAAAUAACUUUUUAAAAAAUGCAUGACAAAACAAUUUAAGCACCAGCUACUCUCUACUGUUAUGAAAUCAUACCCUUAAUAUGUGAACUUACUUGGGCUUGAGUAUAAUAUAAAGGAAGAGUCAAAGAAAUGACCACAUUCUUGAAGUACCAUUUUUUUCCCUUGUUACUUUGGGAAUUACUCUCACCUCUUAUUUUUUAAACUUUUUUUCUUUACAUUCCAAUUUCUUCCUUUCUGAACUGGAUCAAAAGACAUGUACAAAGAAAUCCAAUGAUACUUUCUUCUUCUAUGCCCCUCCUCUAAAAUCAGGAGAUAUUUAUAAUUUAUGGGAAGGAACCAAUAGCUCUUUUCUGGAGUUCUCCCAAACUUGACAUUUCAAGGUCAUCAAUAGUAUUUGUGGGGUUGUUGGUUGUAGGUUUUUAUUUUUCUAAUUUUUUGAACACUUGGAACAAGUCACUUGUAAAUAGAUUUGAACUUUGAGUUUGAAUAAAGCAGCUAUAUUAGAUAGUAAUUUCAAAAAUGUCAGGUAACUUAUACAAAUGUAAAAUCUCAAUGUCCAAUUUAAAAUUACUUCUGUUAUUUAUUUUUCACAUGGGUUUAUUAGCAAUUGGUAUUCAGCAUUGUAAAAUCAAAGUUUGUGAAAUUAGAUUGAUAACAUUUUACUACUAUAUAACUCAUAUAACUUACCAAGAACUCAAAGUGUUUAAAUUCUUUUACAUAAUGAAAUACUUUUGACUUAUUUUAAUUUUGCAUUUAAU